AGGAGGAUCGCUUGAACCUGGGAGGCAGAGUUGCAGUGAACAGAGAUCGCGCCACUGCAACCCAGCCUGGGUGACAGAGCGAGACUCUGUCUCAAAAAAUAAAAAGAAAAAAAAUAAGGGAUCUUCCAAAGGGAAAAGGUGACCAGUCGACAAAUCUGGGAAAACCCAACUGGUUAGUGGGAAAGAUUACAACGCCAGGGACACGGAGGGAACGAUUACAUCUAAGAUCAGUGAAAUUGGAACAGCCUGAGAUCUGCUGGAGACAACUUAGGAAAUUAUCAUAGUGAAAAUACUAGCAUGGAUUGUUGAUCGUCUGAUGCUGUGAUUCUUUCCCAGGCACCACACCUGUUGGUGUUCAGAUGGAGCAGCACACUAGUCAUCCUAACAGAAAAGUUCCAGCCAAAGAGGAAGCUAAUGCUGUGCCUCUUUGUAGAGCAAAACCCUCCCCCAGCUAUAUUAAUCUUCAAGCAAGUUCCCCACCAGCCACUUUUCUGAACAUCCAGACAACAAAGCUGCCCUCAGUUGAUCACAAGCCCAAGGAAUGCCUAGGACUCCUGGAAUGUAUGUAUGCAAACCUCCAGCUUCAGACCCAGCUCGCCCAACAACAGAUGGCUAUUUUGGAACAUUUACAGGCAUCCGUGACACAACUGGCUCCUGGGAGGGGAAGCAAUAACUCUUCUCUCCCAGCCUUAUCUCCUAAUCCAUUGUUAAAUCACCUGCCCCAAUUCAGUAAAUGAAUUGUGGAACAAA